AUGACCUGGAUUGGAUGGACAGUAGAGACAGGAGCGUCUCGUCCUGCCCAGGCUUCCAGAACCCUCUUGGCGGCCUCCCUCGGGCUGCUUCUCGCCGCCCCCGGCAUGAGCUUCGAUAGCCUGGAUUUCUCUGCCAGCUCCGGUUAUUCCGGCAGCUUUGAAGACGGUUUCCGCCCUGGCGGCUUCGUGGUCAACAGAGGCGUCGGCAGAGUUAUUGGCGGCGGCAGAGGUAUCGGGGGCGGUUAUGGUGACGUCGACGACUUCAGCCUUGGAAGCGGCACAAUUGUGCACGGUGGCAGCCACGGCGGCGGCAUCGUUGUCGGCGGCCACGGCGGCGGAUACGGCGGUGGCAACGGAGGCGUCGUUGUUGGCGGCCAUGGAGGCGGCCACGGCGAUGUUGUCGUCAGCGGCCACGGUGGUUACGACUCCAACAUCGUGGUGGGUGGCGGCGUGGUGACCGGAGGUAGAGUGUUCAGCGGUAAGCGUUUUGGAAACCUGCGUCGCGGGCGGUACGGCGGCCAUUCCCAGAACCAUGGCCUGUACUCCAACGAGUACGUGACCGGUAUCUCCUCCGCCCACCUGCUGGACGCCUACUAUGACGUGGACUCCGGCUACGGCGCCAACACUGGCUUCGACCUGACCACUCUGGGCGGCCCAUAUGCCUCGCUGAGGUACCACUUGGUGGGCCGCAAUACAGCACACCCUGGCAACGUGGUGGUCACGGGAACGAACCCCCAUGCCGGCCCCUUGGUGGUGAACGGUGUCCACCCUGGCCACGUGGGCACGGGAGGCUACGGUUACAAGAAGUAA